CUGCACAGAGGAGAAACUGCAGCUGUUGAAGGAAGAAAUCAGGACAAGAUCCCCAAGAAACCUGAAAAAUGAAGCCUAAGAUGAAGUACUCAAAAUCCAAAAUUUCCCCAGCAAAGCUUAACAGCACAACAGACAAAUCCCCGGCACAGCCUUGCAAAUUAAGAAGAUCUCCACAGAAGGCCAAAGAGAUUUGCCAUGUCUACUACAUGAGGCUCCGCUCUGGCCUCACCAUAAGAAAGGAGAGCUGUUACUUUGUGAAAGAACCUGCCAAAAGAUACCCACUAAAAUCGCGCAGAAAGCACGAAGAGAAUUUCUCUUCCUACUCACAGGAUGCUGUGACGAGAUCCCUGUUUGAAGCGCGCAGUUUGCAAGCACUUGCAGCAGCACCGAGUAUUCGAGAAUCUUGUGCUUCCCUGAGCACAUACAAUGACCAAUCUGUUAAUUUUGUUUUGGAGAAUGGAUGCUAUGUGAUCAAUGUUGAAGAUUCUGCAAAAGACCAAGAACAAGACAAGGUGUUACUGCGUUACUACGAGUCUUCUUCUCCUGCAAGUGAAGCAGGUUCGGACGAUGUGGAUAGCAACAUGCCGAUGGUGAACAUGAGUCCCAUCAAGGACACAGACAUCUGGCUGCAUGCCAAUGACAAGGACCACUCUGUGGAGCUCCAAAGAUGCCAAGUCCCGCUGCCAGAUCAGGCAUUCUUCGUCCUUCACAGAAAGUCCUCCGACUAUGUUUCAUUCGAAUCCAUGAGUCACCGCGGGGCGUUCAUAGGAGUGAAAGACAACCAGCUCGCUCUAAUAGAAAAAAAUGACAUGAGUAGUUUUUUUAAGCUCUCUAAAGUUUAAUGUAUCAAAAAGCUUGUGGGCUCUGGGUCAGAUGACGUAAAUGUUACCACUGAAGAAGGGAUAAGAGAGAGAAAGAAAGAAAG